GAUCAUCAGAUAAGUUCCGUGGUUAUCCCAUUAACCUUGUUUCUACACAACACAAACUAUAUAUAAAGAUCAUACAUGAUCUUUGUCUCUGGAAAAUGAAGGAAAACGCAGGAAACCCUUUGCAUCUCACGUCACUGAACCAUGUCUCUGUCUUGUGCCGAUCCGUCGACGAAUCUAUGAACUUUUACCAAAAGGUGUUAGGGUUCAUCCCGAUUCGAAGACCUGAAUCCUUGAAUUUUGAAGGCGCUUGGUUGUUUGGUCAUGGGAUUGGAAUACACCUACUGUGUGCCCCAGAACCAGAGAAACUUCCCAAGAAAACUGCGAUUAAUCCCAAGGAUAAUCACAUCUCUUUCCAGUGUGAGAGUAUGGGAGUAGUGGAGAAGCAGCUGGAGGAAAUGGGAAUAGAGUAUGUAAGGGCAUUAGUAGAAGAAGGAGGGAUCCAAGUGGACCAGCUCUUCUUCCACGACCCUGAUGGCUUCAUGAUCGAGAUCUGCAACUGUGACAGCCUCCCCGUUGUCCCCCUCGUAGGAGGAAUGGCUCGGUCUUGCUCAAGAGUCAAACUCCACCAGAUGGUGCAGCCACAACCGCAGACUCAGAUCCACCAAGUGGUCUACCCCUAAACAGCUCACUUUAUCUUUAUAUAUUGUGUGUGUUUGUGUAUUAUUGGUGUGCUUGGUUUUGGGUGUAAUAUUCAAUAAGAGACCGAUGUGAAUCAGCGAAUGUGAUUCCCUUCGAGGAAAUGAUCAUUCCCUUUGCUCCACAGGCUAAUAUAAUAUAAUCAAGGGAAAUAAUGCUUACAUAUGUAAAUUGGUUAAUGAAGUUGGUUCUAAUUA